UUCACCGCUAGGCGAUAUUAGCAUGUUUGUCCUAUUGGACUUGCCGUAGCCCACCGCUACGUCGACAAUAGCAACUGUUGUUUAGUUGCUACGAAGAUUUUUCCGGAGUAUUUUCUUUUAUGGGAGGAAUCAUCGACAAAGUUUAAGAUCCCAUAACGAUUUAUCCAGUUGUAGGUAGCGGGGAGCUGGAGCCUAUUCCGGCUCGCGGCUCGCAUUCACCGAGUGGGAAUUGAACCCACUCAGCGGUCACAGAAGAAGUCAGGACGUCUACGAUGGCUCAAGACCUGCUGGAAGAAGAGGGCAUUUAUUUUGAUGACCUCAGCAAGCUCCGAGCACUGGAACCAGAUGUCAGCCAGAAGACCACCGAGCUCAAGGAAGAGUGCAAAGAAUUUGUCGGCAAAAUUGGCCAGUUUCAGAGCAAGGUUGGAGGUCUGAUCCAGCUGGUGGACGAGCUGGCCAAAGAGACAGAGACGGAAAAGUUCAAGGUGAUCGGAGCACGAAACCUGCUGAAGCUGGUGGCCAAGCAGAGGGAAGCCUUGCAGCAGCAGCUUCAGGCUCUCAUCGACGAGAAGAAGAUGCAACUCGAAAGGUACUGCAUCGAGUGUGAGGCCUUGGCUAAAGUGGAGUCUGAACAGAACGAGUUCAUCAACCAGUUUAUUCUGCAAAACUGAUCACAAAGACGGUGUUCCUUCGGCUAUGAAGAGCAGCCAUGUCAGCGGUGGAAGGUUCAGGUUGGACUGCGGACUACCAGUACCCACUUAGAUCCUCCUGGUGCUCCUCCUGCUGAGCCAUCAGUGAAUGGAUGCACUAGCAUCUGUUUACAUUCAUUUUAGUCAUUCAGUGAUGAUAAUCUAUAUAUAUGCUAUGUAAAUUAUGAUUGACUUGUCCAUGUCAAUAAAAUAUAACAUUAUU